AACCUCACGAUUACUGUUCCUCCUUUUUUUCAGAAUUUUUCGUUCUUUUUUUUGUUCUAGAUUCAAUUUUAUACAGCAUUUGUAUUCAUUAUUCGAUCCUAUACACGGGGAUACUGUUCCAGGUCCUGUGGCUAUACGAUUUGCUAGUUUUACCAUUCAAUGGUUUCUUAUUCACGAAUCCUUCGAUUUAAUUUUGGUCAUCUGUCUGUGGUUGCUCGAGGAUUUUUAUUUGUGAAUUGCAACGAUCCAUUUCGGUUCGGUUUUUUAAUGAUGUGGUUGAAAGUUCAGAUGAUCGUGGUGACGACGUUCGAUAAUUUUUGCUGUUAUAGAGAGGUUCCAGCCCUAGCUGUAUUUGUAGGAAGACGUAUUCUGUUUUGACCUAAUUUUUCUACUCAAUUAUUUCUCCAAUAAUUGGAUUUCUUCAGGUGAUAGAGAAGAACAAUUUUAAAUGAACAACAGAUGAGGAAAUGGCGGUUGCACUUUCUGCAUUAUACCGUCUGAAUCUUCCCUAUCUCCAUGGAUGCGUCCAAGCUUGACAAGAAGCUUUUGACGAAAUACUUGAUGGAGAAUCCUCAUGACAAUCUUCCAUAUUUUGCUGAUAAUGUACCAAACAUUCUUAGUCUUCAUUAAUUUAAUACAAGAGGUGAUCCGGAAAUGAGGCUGUGGGAGGACAAGGAUGCUAGUAAUGAGCGUAUCCAUUCACAUCAUCAUCAUGGUCGAUCGUUAAAAGUUAGCUUGCUUUGCAGCUUCGAGUCCUCAUUCUUGAUGUUAUUUAUGGUGUUCGUUACUCGUGGCUUACAUUCCCAUGUCUCUCAAAACUUACCCACGUCUCUCGAAACUUGCAGUAAAGAAGGGAAAGGCUACAAAACAGCUGCUUACACAAAACCUUGUUCCUUUUUCGACUCGUGCUAUGAUGUGGAGCGAGCAAAUGCUUAUAUUCCUGACUCACAGAGGCAAUCAUGAAUCGUGAAUGGAUAAGCCAUUGUUGAUUGAUAUUCAUGUUCAUUAAUAUCUCUUCCAAUGCCUUCCCUGUAUUGGCCAAGAAUCAAACACAGGGUGCGGAUGGGGCAUAUUCCUGUGAAGAUUUGAGGAGUGCCAAAUAAGAUCAUAGGCAUAACCACAGAGGAGAUUGCACCAUAUAAUGUCACAUAAACUGUACGUAUUAUCUGCUCUCCAUUUUCAACAAGGAAACCAAUAUUAUUCUAAGAUUUAACUUAUUAGUUAGUUUGUUCUAGUUCUCUAGAUUCAUCGCAUUAAACUCAGAUCACGACGUUGCACGACUGGAAAAGUUUUCAGUCGGACUGUGGGGGACACCCAGGUACCCAUAUAACUCAUUAAGAAAUGCUAUCAACUUUCCAGCUAAACUGAACUGUAAUAGUUACAGAAGGUAUGAAUUCAUUGAGUUUAUAAACAGUAAACUAAAACAUGUUAGAGACAGGUUGAAUGUCAGUAUGGGAACAAAACAAUGAUACAAGAAUCAGAAAGUCCCCAGA